GCCCCGGAUUGAUUAACAUUUGAAAGUUUGGCUGCAGGGUGUGUUUGCUUACAAUUCACUUUGCUCUCUUAAGGGUAUUAAAACUAUGGAACGGGAGUUGGCUUUUCUUCUCUUCUUCGCUCCCGCCCGCGCGUUCAUUUUCCAGUUCCCAGUCUGGCAAGGAUGUUUUUUCUAGAUAAAAAACAGGAAUUUCCGAGAGAGCGAAAGAGAGAAAUUCACCACGAUUUGGACUUCAUUUCCUAGGAAUUUUACACAAUAUGACUAGCGGAUGGCUGGGUAUUCUGGGUAAUUUGGUAAUUCAUUGGGAGAAGUUUUAUAUCAGAAUAUAUUUUAAUCUUUCUAUUGUUUUCCUCUUCCCUUAAAACAUUAGCAGACUCCACAAUGGACUGGGAAUCAGCAUCUCGACUAGACAAUUGACAGUCAAGCUGAAAUUAAGUUAAUCAAGUAAAAAUAGCAAACGGGGGAAAGUCUUUUAAUCAAACACCAAUUUAUCUGGAAGGCAGAGGAGGAAAAAGGCCAACUAAACUCUACAAUACAUCAGGAUGCAUCGCUUUGGCCCACUGCUUAUGAAUCACUUGGACCAACUCCUGGAGCUUGCCAAUUUCAGCAGCAGAGUUGAAGAAGAAUAUCUUCAGAUUGCUGAGUGUCUUGAGGAGAUGCGCCAGCGAUGCUGCCAGCUGGAUUGUGAUCUGAGGAAGACAAGGCAGCAGUUACGCCAAUCAGAAUCUGAGUGUUCUGUGCUGCAGGUGAAAUUGAAACAUGCCCGGAACCAAGUAGAGGUAGAAAUGAAGAAAAGACGUUGGGCAGAAGCUGAGCUGGAAAAGCAGGAAUGCAAAUUGCAGCUUAUCUAUAAAUUCCUCAUGGAGGACCCACAGAUCAGUCCCCGCACUGAAGAUCAACAUGCAGACCUGGCCAUUGUUGAGAAGCUGUGUUUCAACCACAGUAGCCCACUGCCUAGAAAACAGGGGAUGUGUGCAGUAGAAGAACCUGAUACCUCAAUUCUAUCUGACAUCAAUUUUGACCAUUCAGACAAGGAAGUUGAUGUAGGGAUGAUCAGAUCUGUCAAAAGCAAAAACAGAGUGCGUUUCUCCUUGGCUCCCCUGGUUCGGCCAGCAGUAGCAGCCAAGCACUCACAGUCUUCUAGAACAUUUACUAACAGCAUGAAGGAAUUACCUCUGAUGACCUUGAAGUCUAGAGCCAUUGGUGGCAGACGAAGCCUUGCUCACAGUUUAUCACCCAACGCUAUAGCACCCAAUUGUCAAUCCCAGCUAAAUAGUUCAAUUUCCACGCACUCAGAGCUCACUUCUGUCUGGAAUAGCACUGAUGAAUCUGGUGGACAAAAUAGCCAUGUUGGAUGCAAGGCCAUUGGAUCUACCUCAGGGGGAACCAUUGGUGCCUUCACUCAUUCAUCAGGAAUGCUACCACUCCAGCAACACCAAUUUGCUUCCAAAAUGGUGAUUCGUCUGCACUGGUGUGUCAUUUGCAAAUCCCGGCUUUGCUUCGGGAGGAUGGCACUUAAAUGUUGCUCAUGUCAACUUCUAAUACAUCCAGAGUGCAAGGAACAUUGUCCCUCACAGUGUGUGCCAGGUGCCCACUCCAGAGUGAAAGAGGGUAUACUAGCUGAUUUUGCGCCUUCCAAGCCGCCUCGGGUGCCCCCCAUUGUGGUUCGGUGUGUGGCUCAAAUAGAGAAACGUGGCCUGCGAGAGGCUGGACUGUACAGAGUGCCAGGGGCAGAAUCCCUUGUGCGGGAAUGGAAAUACAAACUGCUCUCCUCCCAAGAGGCUCUUCCUUCCCUCGACCUUGUGGCUGAUGUGCAUGUGAUCUGUGGCAUCCUCAAGGAUUUCCUGAGGAAUCUGAAAGAGCCUUUAGUUACCUUUUGCCUGCACUCUGCCUUCCUGCAGGCAGCAGAAAUUCUGGAUGAACCUGCCUGCCAUACUGAACUCUGCCAGGUUGUCAUGAAGUUGCCUGUGACUAAUAGAGACACACUAGCAUUUCUCAUGCUCCAUCUGCGUAGGGUCAUGCAAAGCCCUGACUGUCAAAUGGACCACCAUAACUUGGCACGUAUCUUCGGACCACUACUAGUUGGACACAGCACUCCCAGCCCCAGCCCACUUGCCAUUAUGGAAGGCACACCACGCCAGUACCUGGUCAUCUCCCGUCUCCUAACAUUGCCACUCAAAUUUUGGAAGCAUUUUAUAGAAGAAGAACAAGAAAAUCUUGUCCCAUCAUUACAACAGUCCAUUGUAAUGAAUGAGCAAGAGGCUAGCGCUAUCCAGAUGUGUCCAGGAAAUGGCUGCUUUCCAAAAAAACUUCAUAACUGCAUAGGCACAACUUUGCCACCUUUGAAUGUUCCCCAUGCCAAAAAGAUGGGAAGAUUCUUGCCUCUUCCAAAAUAAGGAGCUACUCAAGGUGGCCAUUGAUUCUGAUUGCUAAUGAAAAUGUGUUCACUUGGUGACUGCAUCAUUCUUGCCUUGCUUUCUCCAGCAAGCCUCCUUCCAACUUCCAGCCAAGUUCCUACAGUUUAAAAAUAUUUAAUAAUCCACUGUUAUUUCUUAAUAUUGGAUGGCGUUUGAUCUUCCUGAAGAACAUCAUGGUUCCCUUUUUUUUUCUGUAACUAGGGACUCACAAAAGAGUGGAAUGAAUCCUUGACUAACAUACUACUGAUUUCUUCAUUUUGGACUUGUGGGUGAACUGAAGAUGUUCAGAUCUGUCUUGGUCAAUUUACUUAUAAUAAUUAGCAGAUUCAAUAGGAUGAAUCUGAUUGGUGGACAAAAAUAUGCCCACUUUUGUACAUUUUGGUCCUAUUAUCGCAUAUAUAUAGCAAAAUUUCAUAUUACUGGUAUCUGAUGUUCGGAAAGUGGACAAGGAAAGAGAAAAAAAAAUAGUAAUCCCUGUAACUGAAGACAAGACAUUUUCUGAAGGCAUAGCUUUUUUGAAAAAACAUCACUUUUAUUGCAGAUUUGCUUUAGCAAUUAAUCUUCUUGACUCUCUUUAGAAUAAGCAGAUUUUCUUUUCAGGAGACAUACUGUAGAAAAAUAAAAAUGGCAAUGCUCA